UGUGUGCGUGUGUGUGUGUGUGUGUGGUACAGACUGAGGACCGGAAUACGGUUUUUACCAACAGAGUGAGGACCUGUUUGAGAAAGACACACAGACAGCUGAUGGGAAAACAUCAGCUCCAAGCAGAGAGAAGCAGGGAAAAAAGAAAACAGAAGAAAAGAAGUUAAGUGCAGCGUGCAACAGGACCCAGGCAACACAUCACAUCCCAAGUGACGUUCUUCCACUUGCUGAAAUGGUCAUUCCCUCAGCAUUAGUCUUUGCCUAUUGGACAAGUUUUCUGGUUGCAUUUGGUUGGUGCAGAGAAAGGGUGUGUCUUCAGGAUGGACUUCACAAAUCCAUGCCCAGUCCAGAGCCCAAUCUUAAAGAAUGCUCAUUGUACGUGGAGAAUGCUUGUUGCUCAGAGCAGGACAUUGAAGACCUUACUGCUGCUACUGCUGGUGUGUUGUGGGACAGGUGUGGCUCUCUCAGUCCAGGAUGUGAGGAGUUCCUGAAGAGAGUCAUUUGCUUUUACCGCUGCUCUCCAGAUACCACAUACUGGCCACACCCUCAGAGUAGUUCUUCCCUUAGGGCGGUGCCACUGUGCCACAGCUUCUGCAGAGACUGGUAUGAAGUUUGUAAAUCAGACCUCACAUGUGCUCGAGACUGGACCAGAGACCCCAGAGGACUAAACUGCACUGGUAGUUGCAUACCCUAUCAACAGAUGUACCAGCAUGGUCGAAACCUCUGCGAGAGCCUCUGGGGUGACGCCUUUGUGAUGGUGGAGGAUGAAACCAUGGAGGUCAAAGGUCAGGGCUCUGGAUGUUUGAAACUCAGCGCCUCAGACCAAGAGGUUAUUGCUGCUGUGAGAAUGCAGAACGAUGACGUGGAUGAGCUGGACACCACCAAACACCAUGGAACCCCCCUCAAUGCAGCGCCCCAGCAGGGGCAGAGGAACCAUGACAAGCUGUUGUUACACAAACACUCUGCUCCCUCUGUACACGAUUCAGAGGGCAGCGGCAGCGGCUUCUAGACUCACAAUCAUGACAUGUUCUAGAAUGUUCUGAAAGAUCAGGUAUCACUUUAAAAGCUGAGUUCUGAAAGCACAGAAUAUUCUAAAUCAGAAUAACUGUAUAUCAUUAUAGAGUCGAGCUUCUUCUAGAACAGUUGUGUGUUACUUCACAAUCCUGUGUUUUAGAUCACAUCUCACAUUUCCUCCUACAUUUCCUCACUUGGUAGUGUUAUUGUAAGAACACGGCAUAUACAGUCAGGUACUAAUGUCUGAAUCCAUUACCAAGCAUUUCAUUUAAAUAAGAAUUCAUGGUAUUCCUGGUCUCUUAAUGACUAACACAUCAUACCUAUGGAGCUAGCUGUACACUUCCUGUCUAAUCUCCUUCACAUCAUGAAGCAGCAGUCAGACCUAAAGAGUGAGCACGAACCUUUAUCAGUGUAUACACUGUCUGGCCAAAAGUAUCUGGACACCUGACCAUCACACCAAUAUGUGCUUCUUCCCCAAACUCUUACCACAAAGCUGGAAGCAGACAACUGUAUAGAAUGUUUUUGUAAAGCUGUAGCAUUAUAAUUUCCCUUCACUGGAACUCCAACCUGUUCAGGCAUGAAUGACAAUGCCCCUGUGCAGAAAGCGAGCUCCAUGAAGACAUGGUGUGUUAAGGUUGGAGUGGAAGAACUCAAGAGCACUGACUGAACUCAACUCCACUGAUCACCUUUGGGAUGAACUAGAACUGGAGCCUCCUCAACAUCCCAACAUGAGCACCUGAUCUCACAAAUGCUCUUGUAGCUGAACUGAAUGAGCACAAAUCCCUACAGCCACACCCCAGAAUCUAGUGGAAACCUUCCCAGAAGAAAAGAGAAGAGCUUAUUAUUACAGUGAUGGAAUGUUCAGCAAGGACAUAUGGGUGUGAUGGGCAGGGGUGCACAUACUUUUGGCUAUAUAUUGUAUUGAUAUUACACAGAAAUUGACAUCUUAUGAUGCGUAUAAUUCUAUUGUGUAUUACAGUUUUUUGGUUCUCAAGGUCAACCUUUGAAAGUUGGCAACUUUACAAAUCGUAAAUUAGCAAAGUCAAAUAUUAUUGAAACUCAACUCUGUUAUCAUGUUCUUGAGACAAUAUUAUGUUUGUGUAUCAUUUCCAAUGAAACCCACAUCAUUCUCUUUUUCGCGUGUAGAUGAUAAAUCUGGGCACCUGACCAAAUUAUACAGAUUAAAAAGUUUUAUUCAGCAUUUUGUUUACAAAGUA